UUAAAUAAUAUUUAUUCUUAGGGUGAUAUUGAUCAUAUGAAUUGUGAAUAAUUCCAAGAAAUUCCAAUAGAAUUGCGAAUUGUUUAUUUUUUAAUGUUUCGAUUUGUGAAAAUCUGAUCAGAAAACGAAAAUGGCUAUUUUUCCGCAAAGGAGAUGGCGCGUGGGGUUGACGCUGGUCAAAACACCAUCAUUUGAGUCUUCUUUGCCUGAAACAAAGUUUUUAUCUAAACAACCUUUGCUUCAUGAGAAAUUAAAGGCUUCGAGUUUCCGCAUAGCCUCCUUAAAAAUCGGAGAUUGGCGUAGGGUUUCGGUUCACGACGGACAUUUGGUCGCCAAAUUGUACUACGCCAAGCAGCAACUAAUAUGGGAGAUUCUCGAGGGCCCGUUGAAGCGGAAGAUGCAAAUACAGUGGAACGAUAUUACCUCUAUUCAUGCCGUCAUGCAUCCGAAUCAGCCCGGGAUUUUGAAAAUCGAGUUGGAUAAGCCGCCUUUGUUCUUCAAUGAAACGAAUCCUCAGGCGAGAAAGCAUACCAUUUGGCUACCGGGGGAUGAUUUCACCGGCGGUAAUGCCACUACUUGGAGGACACAUAGUGUGUGUUUUCCACCGGGAGUACUUGAGAUACACUACGAAAAGCUCUUACAGUGUCAUAAGAAGCUCGUUGAUUUGAGUCGAAAACCGUUCCCAAGCCAUGAUAGUCCUAUUUUCAGAUCAGAAGACUUGCAGUGCUUUGCAAUUUCAAGAUCGCAUUUCAAUCGCAACGAGUUUCAGCCGCAGGCGCACUAUACUUAUCCUGCACCACAUCCGCAGGCGCACUAUACUUAUCCCGCACCACCAAGCGGAGGACCUCCUCAUAUUUGCCCAAAUCUAGCUGCAACUGCUAACCUCCAAUGCACAAACACGGGAGCAAGAAACCAUGAAUUGGACGACGAGAUAGCUCCCCUAACGGAAGAGCAACUGCAAAUCAUGUCUGCGUUCUUGAAUCCCGACAGCAACGACAAUCACGGUCGUAAUAUUAUUAAUCAGUCGCAAAUGAUUGAUUACUGUACGGAUGGUUUCGACAGUCUCGUUCCACAAUCUUCCAACCGGCUGUCUCGCAGUGACGACAUUGCAACGGCACUUGCGAAGCUGGACAGCUUUGUCAAAUUUAUGUCUGGCUCGUCCGAUAAUCACGCUUACGCAGAUGGAGCUCCAUUUCAGAAUCAACAACACCCGUUGCCCGACAAUGAUCUGACGCGUAUCGUAAAUUACCAUCUCUACCAAAAUCAGCGCGUCUUUACGAAUAGCGCAGCUCUAGUUCCAUAUUCUCGUUUCUUGCCCGGCGGUAAUAAUAAUAGUAAUCAGACUGCUUACGGAGCUUCGUUUCAGAACCAACAUCCGAUGCUCGACAAUGAUCUGACGACGCCUCUUAUUAAUCAUCAUCUCUACGGAAAUCAAGACGUCAUUUCGGAUAAUCCGAUGGCUCAUGAAAAUCAUCAACACGUCAUUUCGGAUAAUCCGAUGGCUCAUGAAAAUCAUCAACACGUCUUUUCGGAUAAUCAGAUGGCUCAUGAAAAUCAUCAACACGUCAUUUCGGAUAAUCCGAUGGCUCAUGAAAAUCAUCAACACGUCUUUUCGGAUAAUCCGAUGACUCAUGAAAAUCAUCAACACGUCUUUUCGGAUAAUCCGAUGGCUCAUGUAAAUCAUCAACACGUCAUUUCGGAUAAUCCGAUGGCUCAUGAAAAUCAUCAACACGUCUUUUCGGAUAAUCCGAUGACUCAUGAAAAUCAUCAACACGUCUUUUCGGAUAAUCCGAUGGCUCAUGUAAAUCAUCAACACGUCAUUUCGGAUAAUCCGAUGGCUCAUGAAAAUCAUCAACACGUCUUUUCGGAUAAUCUGAUGGCUCAUGUAAAUCAUCAAGACGUCGUUCUGGAUAAUGAUCUGACUGCUGCUGUAGAUCGUCUUUUGUACGACGACGACGGAAAUUUGUUCCCUUAUUAUCUCGAUUUCAGCCCUGGAAAUCUGUAAGUAAGAUCCAAAUACGCCGGUGCAUGGAAAUCGUUAUCCUCUACUCAAAAGUGUUUAUGAAAAUAGAUUUCCAAUAUAUAUAUAUUAUAUAUAGUGAUGACUACUUGUUUUUAGCUUUUAGUUUGAUGUUUUUUUUAUAUUGCAUAGACCAUUGAUAAUUUGUUAUGGUUUAUUCUUCCAUUGACUGAAUGUUUUACGAUUCCUAAUUAAUAAUUGAAUUCUCAUAAUAUUUCUUGGAAUAAUUAAUGUUUUUUGAUCUAGAUUAAUUCUUUUGGGUGGGGCGGGGAUUUCGAAAAUUUGGCGGUGGAGGGUCAGGUGUCUGGGAGGAGACGGGUGGUGGAAGGAAAU